ACACACGCACACAGAAGGAGCACAGCGAUGUGUGCGGAUGUUGGAGACGGCUGCGUUGCUCCACUGAGCAUCUGCGCCUUUAAAGGCUUGUGAGUGCGCACAGCUCCAACUUGUACACAACUCCGACGCGCCUUUCAGAGAGGCACCUCAACCCCGCAGAGAGGCACCUAAAUCCCGCAGAGGCACUUCAACCCCGCGGAGAGGCACCUAAAUCCCGCAGAGAGGCACCUUAACCCCGCGGAGAGGCACCGCAUCCCCGCGGAGAGGCACCUUAACCCCGCAGAGAGGCACCUUAACGCCGCGGAGAGGCACCUUAACGCCGCGGAGAGGCACCGUAACCCCGCGGAGAGGCACCGUAACCCCGCGUAGAGGCUCACCUUCACGGCUGGCCCCAUGGAAUAAUGACUAUGGAAUACCACUGGAUCGUGCUGUCUGUGUUUCUGCAGAUAACCUUCCAUCCAGGCAACACCAAGCCCACCGUCGCCCCCGCCGGCCCCUACCUCGUCGUCCCGCUCAACGCGCCCAUCGAGCUGCGUUGCCACGGCGACAAGGAGGUGCAGUGGCAGCGGGAGGACCGGCCAAAGGUACGGGGGGAGAAAAGGGUGGCGGGGAUGUCCACGCUGCACAUCCCCAAGGCCCUGCCCUUCCACAUGGGCCGCUACAUCUGCCUGGAGGAGAGCUCCAAGGAGCGCAGCUCCAUCUACAUCUACGUGAAAGAUCCCGACCAUGCCUUCAGAAAACCGUUGGUGUUCAACAUCCUGACUCGAUUGGGAGACAACGUGUCCAUCCCUUGCCUGGCAACCGAUCCGAGUCUGGACAACCUGCACCUGGAGGCGUGCUCCGGCAAGGCCCUGGCCUCGGGCCUCCGGUCGUCCCCCAGCCUGGAGCGAGGCAUCGUCAUCCACAACACGCAGAAGGCCUUCGAGGGCUGCUACGUGUGCAAGGGGCAACUCGGAGGAGAGCCCGUCCGGUCAUCUGACUACCACCUGACCGUGAGACCAGUCCCUGUUGCUCGUCCUGUGAUUGAGAUGCAGGCGAACAAAAGAGUGAUUCUCAUAUUGAACGAGAGUCUCUCCAUCACCUGCAACACCACCAACGCCAACGCGCAGAUCAAGCUGAAGUGGGUCCCUCCUGCCGGCUCGGGUGCCGUCUGGUAUCCACAGCAACCAGCAAAGGUUGACACUGCUUCACGCAUCCUGGCGGAGAACUUCACUCACAUGCACAGCGCCACGUUGCACAUCGCAGCGGUCGGACCUCAGGACGUCGGGACGUACCGAUGCAAAGCCGAGAACGAUAAAGGCGUCAGCUCGCAGUCGGUGAGGCUCGACGUCUACGAAAAAGGCUUCAUCCGUUUAAAACCCACCACCAACGAAACCAUCCACGUGCGCUCUGGCGAGAGCCUUCCCCUGGACAUCGAGCUGGAGGCGUACCCGAGGCUGCGCUCCUUCCGCUGGAGCUUCAUGGGCCUCGAGCUGAGGAACACCACGGACCACGUCAUCAGCACGCACAGCCACGAGUACAGGUUCAGCAGCGAGCUGAGGCUGGUGCGCCUGAAGAUGUCCGAGGGCGGAGUCUACACCUUCCAGGCCUCCAACGGUGCCGCCUCAGUGAACCACACCUUCACCAUCUUCGUCAUGAGUAAACCUGAGAUCGUGUCUCACGAGGGUCCGGUGGACGGACAGGUGCGCUGCGUUGCCGAGGGUUUCCCUGCCCCGCAGAUCACAUGGUACUACUGCGAGCAGCCCUACGCCAGGUGCUCCCAGCAGGUGAACGCCACGCAGGAGGAGCACAACGUGAUGACCGUCACGCUGUUCAGCCCCUUGUUCGGCAAGACGGAGGUGGAGAGCCGGGUGAACGUGAGCCGCGGGCGCUUCAGCACGCUGGAGUGCGUGGCCACGGUGGAGGGGGAGCAGGCCUACACGCUGUUCUCUAUCAGCGAGAGAACCGUGGCCCACGGUCUGUUCUCCCCUCUGCUCCUCGGCUCCGUGUCGGCGGCGGGCCUCCUCUGCCUCGUCCUCGUCCUGCUGCUCUACAAGUACCUGCAGAAACCCAAAUACCAGAUCCAGUGGAAGGUCAUCGAGGGCGUGCACGGAAACAACUACAUCUACAUCGACCCCACCCAGCUGCUGUACGACCACGAGUGGGAGUUCCCACGCAACAACCUGCGCUUCGGGAAGACGCUGGGAUCGGGAGCGUUCGGGAAAGUGGUGGAGGCCACGGCGUACGGACUCUCCGAGGACGACUCCGUGAUGACGGUGGCCGUGAAGAUGCUGAAAACCAGCGCUCACGCCACGGAGAAGGAGGCGCUGAUGUCGGAGCUGAAGGUGCUCAGCUACCUGGGGAACCACAUGAACAUCGUCAACCUGCUGGGCGCCUGCACAGUCGGAGGCCCGACGCUGGUGAUCACCGAGUACUGCUGCUUCGGAGACCUCCUCAACUUUCUCCGCAGGAAGAGGGAGUCCUUCGUCUGCUUCAAGCCGGACGAGGACUGCUACUACCGCAACGUCGCGCCGCGCAGCCGCGCAGCUGGUGACAGCUUGAGCGGCUACAUGACCAUGAGGCCUUCUGCUGCCGGCAAGCUGCCGCUGGGCUCGUCCUCCGAGGAGAGGCGCUCGCCACGCAAAGGCGUCUCCGACGAAGACGACGCAGAGAGCGAGAUGUUCGACGAGGACGGGCUGUCUCUGAGCACCGAGGACCUCCUCAGCUUCUCGCACCAAGUGGCCAAAGGAAUGGAGUUCUUGGCCGCCAAAAACUGUAUCCACAGAGAUCUGGCUGCCAGGAACAUCCUCCUGACUCGAGGACGGGUGGCGAAGAUCUGCGACUUCGGCCUGGCCCGAGACAUCAACACGGACUCCAACUACGUCGUCAAGGGCAACGCUCGUCUGCCGGUCAAGUGGAUGUCUCCAGAGAGCAUCUUUGAGUGCGUGUACACGUUCGAGAGCGACGUCUGGUCCUACGGCAUCCUGCUUUGGGAAAUCUUCUCCCUCGGAAGCAGCCCUUACCCCGGCAUGCCCGUGGACGCCAAGUUCUACAAGCUGAUCAAAGAAGGGUACCGCAUGGACGCGCCGGAGUUUGCACCCGAAGAAAUGUAUCAGGUCAUGAGGUCCUGCUGGGAGCCCGACCCCUUCAACCGGCCGCCCUUCAGCAAGGUCGUGGAGAGGAUCGAACAGCAGCUGGCGGACGCAACGAAGCACAUUUAUCUGAACAUUAGCUCCAGGCCCCCCGCCACGCCCCGCUUCGGGGAGGCGGACCGUGGUUCUCAGAUCGCCGCUUUUCACCGCGCUGACUCUGCCGGUAACCACGGCUCUCCGACCCAAACCCGACCCUUGCUGGUCCAGCACGAGGUCUUCCUGGAGGGGACAGCCCUCAGAGCCCAUCGGGUGUGAGGACCCCGCCCCAGCCGGUCCGGCCGCCCCCAUAAAGUGCCUGUAGUGCCACAGACCAAUAACCACGCCCUGACCCCCCCCCCCCCCCCCCCCCUACAUACGACCGGACUCACGGAUCCAUCACAAGAAGCAACGAAGGACCGGGGACUAUCGGCAAGCGGACACGGGGAGGACUGGACUCAUGACCCCCCCCCACACCCGGCUCAAACUGUUUCCUUGUUGGUUUUGGAAAACCCUUUUUUUGUUUUUACAUUUUUUGAUCCUUUGUUGUUUUCCUGAUAUUUACGUAGCAUUUUUCAUUCUCUUUUUUUCUAUUAUUUUGGUUGUCUGUCGUAAUCGUUGGAGAAAAAUCACUUGACGCACUUGGACUUCACAUUUUCUCACACGCAUCAUGCAGCUUAUGCUUAAAUUUCAUUUAACUCUUAUUGUCAGUAUUAUUUUCCGACUGUUCGGACCUGCGUUGAUUUGAAGGAGACAUUUCUUUUUCGGUGGCCAAUUUGAGUACAGAUACGCAGACACUGGCGUUUAAGCUAUUAGUCAGCAGGCUCGAACCUGCUUAGAGACAUAAGUGCUUCAAGUGGAUUAGGAGAAUACAUUCAUGCUUUGUUUUCUCAUGUCAAACAUCGCUGCCGAGGAUCUGUCACAUGGUCCGGCCUACGAGUAAUCACACGCAGUUGUCUCCAGAGACGCGGUACGCUAGCUUUUCCUUUCAUGUGCUUGUCGACUGCAAACGCGCACAUAUCUGUGGGCGAUGAUGACGCUACGCGAUGGGACGGGAGGUGGAGACGAGGACGCCGGAGGCUUCCGGGUCUCGGCUCUGUUACGUGAGAAUGCAGCUGCUGGUCUUUUUCACAGCUGGUCUGCUGGAGACGUCUCUUGUAAAUAUCUGUUCACGGUUUGUGUGGUUUAUGGGUUUUGUUUACUAGCAUGAGACAGGUACUGACAUUUCUCAUGUGUGCGUUCACCUUCUUCCCCUUCAUUAAGGACCGAUCUGUUCUCUGUUGUUACCGUACGGAUCAAGUCAAGGCCGAUGCCUAUUAAGCAGAGAGUAACAUUCUUAGGGUCGACGAGACAGUGGGUCCUCUUCGGCGAAACCGCCUCCCUCCCAAUUUGUUGAAUACCGACUUAUGGCCCCCAAGGACUGACACCGUCGCACCGGCGUGGCAACGAAUUCCAAGAUAAUAGCGAGAUACUCCUCAGAGGGUCAAAAGGUUUUUUACCCCAGUGAAAGUAAAAGUAGACGUCGAUUAGUGUCGUCAGUUCGUCUGUCACUUGCAACCUUUCGCUGGACCAAACUUAGUGGUUUUGUGGCAUGAAGUUUAUUUUGACAAGUGGAAAACCACAAACUGUGGACAUAGCUGUCAUGAUGUCCCUCGUAAGUUUGUUGACUGCUGUUAUGAAGCCUUGAUUUCCGCAUUUUGGUCGUCGCCAUCUUGUAUGUUGUAUAUGUCUCUAGUGGUAUUUUUUUAAUUGUUAUGUCACUCUACCAUAAUUUCAUAGACAAGUUUUAACCAAAGACUGAAUGUCAGUCAGCAUGUAGCCCCGCCCUAAAACAUCUCCUGCUUUAUGGAUUAUUAGAGACCUGUCAAUCUGCCUGUAGCCCCGCCCUAAAACAUCUCCUGCUUUAUGGAUUAUUAGAGACCUGUCAAUCAGCCUGUAGCUCCGCCCUAAGAGAUCUCCUGCUUUAUGGAUUAUUAGAGACCUGUCAAUCUGCCUGUAGCCCCGCCCCAAAACAUCUCCUGCUUUAUGGAUUAUUAGAGACCUGUCAAUCAGCCUAUAGCCCCGCCCUAAAGCAUCUGCUGCCGCUAGAGGUGGACAUAGAGCGUUGUGGUUUAAAGCCGAGGGCUUUGUAUCUGAGGAGGUGGGAGGAGGACGCGUUGUCUUCAGACUUCUGUAUCGGCCAUCUCGUUGUUCUCCAGUCAGUAGCUGGUCUCCCAGCAGCCCUUCCAGAGGUUUCCUACAACAGAUGUGGGACUUUUCACCCUCAUCUCAGCCAGUAGUCCGCACCAGUCCCUCACCAUAAUGACCCCCCCCCCUCCAACCUCCCCUUCUCGUCCCAUUGGUGGACGUAGUGUGAAGAGCACCAGGAAAGUGUCCUGUUUAAGUGUGUGAACGUGUGUGUGUCUGUGAAUGAUCAGAAAUCCUGUCAAGAGGUGCCACGGCUAAAGACUCAUCAAGUUAGUUGGCUGAUAAAAGAUAUCGUACUGCUCUGUCUUUCUUGUAAAUACGAAUGUGUGUUUAAUUGUAACAAAGUGGCGCUUUUGAAGAUGUUUAUCUCAAUGAAGACGUGGUACAUUGAUUCAGAGUUUUAAUAUGCUGUAUUUUCUUAAUGUGUGCACAGAUUUCCAACUGUUGGUUAAACUGGUGAAAAAAAACAGCUUAUGUGUCAGUCACCAUGGCAACGUAACCCCAAGAGAUUCACUUUGGAUAGUUUUUUUUGGCUGAUUCACCACUUCAGUGAUGCCAGGCCGCCUCAUCCAACCAACGGUCCAUUGUCUCAUCUAUAUCCAACAUUUCUAAUCUCCAUUAAGAGUUUCCUGCAUCCUGCUACAUAUUUAUUAAACCUGAGGCUUUAGUGUUACCGUGUAAUUUUUUAUGUUGUCAAUGUAAAUAAAAUUGUGUAUAUUGAAUUCCCAAUGAAACUUUACUUAUUUUUUUUACAUUUUAACAUCUUUUUUUACAUUCUUUAAAAUUGUCCCUGGAAAAUCUGAAAAGCAAUUGACCAAUUUUCAAGUGGUGGA